UGUCCGCUCGCAGCGAUAGGACCCGCAGAUUCCGCUGCUCACCUGUAUAUCGCUGCAUUAGGACCAACUUGCGGCAGGUGGGUCUCAGAUAUCCGCCGUCAAACAGUGGAGUGUUUGCCGAGAGCAUUGAUUUGUGCACGGUCAAUUCUGUUCAAUUAUUGUCGCUCCGCGGGGCAGAGAAUACAGACACGAAUAGAAACUAAGGUGACGACUUCUCAGUUUUGUGUAAUCAGUGAAACCAAUGGCUUAGGUGCAGCAGGGUCACGUGGUGGCGGUGACAAACCUGCGCAGGGCCUACAGCGGCGACAGAUGCACGAGCAGCACAGGUAGAGCAGAGCACAAGGUUCCACGCAGCAAAGGCAAUAGGGCGCAUGUACAUGUGUGCACACACACCCGUUGGAUAGCCUUGGCCCUUGGCAGUCAUGAAUCGAGAAGAGCACUACUAUUCCCCCGCGCAGCUGUUCAAAGACCCCUGCCCCUACCAGAGACCCCACAGCGAGGACUUCAGCCACAGCCCUCCGCCCUGCCUCUACAUGGGCCGGCAGGCUCAGUCCGUCUAUUCCUCGCCUUCCGUCGGAGGGCUAGACCAGGCAAGUCUCCCUGAUAUUGCUCCGUACAGUAUGCCCAUGCGAGAGGACCCAGGUGUGCCGCAGCUCCACCACCCCCAGGCGCCCCAGCAGACUAUCCAACCGGGGGGUUACGGAGACCCGGGGGAGCUGGCUCUGUGUGCCGAUAGGAACAGAUACCACCUGCCUUUCCCCUGGAUGAAAAGCACCAAGUCUCACGUGCAAACCUGGAAGGGACAGUGGGCAGGCCACUACAUGGAGGCAGAGGAGAACAAGCGGACAAGGACUGCCUACACGCGAGCCCAGCUCCUGGAGCUGGAGAAGGAGUUCCUUUUCAACAAGUACAUCAGCAGGCCGCGGCGUGUAGAGCUGGCCCUCACCCUCAGCCUCACAGAGAGACACAUCAAGAUCUGGUUCCAGAACCGACGGAUGAAGUGGAAGAAGGAGGAGGACAAGAAGAGAGUGAGGGGGGUCGACCCCGAGCAGGACUCGUCCAUCACGUCAGGGGACCUGAAGGAUGAGGCUGGGCUGGGGGUCGGAGGGGCUGGGAUGGGGGUCGGGGGAGCAGGGGUGGGCGUCGCGUUGGCAGGGGCUCCCACACCGGCACCUCUCACCACGACCACCACACCCCCCUCACCGCUACACUCCCACUCCCACUCCCACUCCCUGUCAGGUUCGAGAGACUCGGCUUAG